AUGCAGAAGAGAAAGAAGAGCAUGAGAAGAGUAGAUAAAGAGGAGCGGGAGAUGGGCAGAGCUCAGGGAAUGGAUAGUGAGGUCUACUCUGCCAACAGAAAGAAGGCAGAGGCCCGCAAAACAGGUGGAGGGCCACCACCACCAACUCUGACAGAGGCUGAGGAGCUGGCCCUGAGCCAAAAUUGUGAAAGAUGGAGCUCUACUGUAUUCACCCAGCAACCUACAGACUUGUUGGUGGUUGCAGGCCAGCCAGUAACCCUGCCCUGUUCCAUCCCUGGCUACCAUGGCAUGGUGCUCUGGCUGCGUGACGGCAUGGCUUUGGGGGUUAACAGGGAUCUAUCAGGUUACCCACGAUAUGACAUCGUUGGAGACCACAGUAAAGGAGAGUAUCAUCUGUUGAUCCAGAGGACAGACAUACAAGACGACGCUUUCUUUGAGUGCCAGGCCAUUCAGGCAGCUAUCAGAUCACGACCCGCCCGUCUCACUGUGCUGGUUCCUCCUGAUGACCCAGUGAUAGUAGGAGCUCCAGUGGUGAAUUUACGGGCCGGUGACCACCUCAACCUCACAUGCCAUGCAGACAAUGCCAAACCUGCAGCAUCCGUCAUAUGGAUCCACAACGGUCUAGUCCUUAGUGGAACCAUGUACUCGAAGACCUUGUUGCGGGACGGUAAGAGGGAGAGCACAGUCAGCACGCUCUACCUGUCUCCCUCCAACAUUGUGUCAGGUCAGCAGAUCACCUGUCGAGCCUCAAACAAAGCAGCCCCCAACGGAAAAGAUGCAACUGUCACAAUCGACAUUCAGCACCUGCCCAUUGUUAACCUCACUGUGGAGCCACAGCCCGUCCUGGAGGGAAACCCGGUCAGAUUCCAUUGUGCUGCCAAAGCCAACCCACCUGUCAUCUACUACAGAUGGGCCAAAGGAGGCAAUGUGAUCCCAGACAUGUCAGGUGACACUUAUGACAUUCUUGUGGAUCACUCUUUCUUCACUGAACCUGUUUCCUGUGAGGUCACCAAUGCAUUGGGCAACACCAACAUCAGCAGGAACGUGGAUGUCUACUUUGGGCCAAGGAUGGCUGUAGAGCCUCAGUCUCUGCAGGUGGACCUAGGAUCUGAAGCUGUUUUCAACUGUGCUUGGACAGGCAACCCCUCUCUAACCAUUGUGUGGAUGAAACGUGGCUCAGGAGUGGUGCUUAGCAACAAGAACACGCUGACACUUAGAGCAGUAAAGCAGGAGGAUGCUGGGAAGUAUGUGUGCCGGGCUGUAGUCCCCAGAGUAGGUGCCGGGGAGAAGGAGAUGUCGCUCACUGUGAAUGGUCCUCCCACUAUCUCUAGCACCCAGACCCAGCAGGCCCUCUAUGGAGAGAAGGGUCAAAUCAAGUGCUUCAUCCGCAGUACCCCUCCUCCUGACCGCAUUGCCUGGUCCUGGAAAGAGACAGUUUUGGAGUCAGGGACGUCUGGACGGUACACUGUGGAGACGGUCAGCACAGAGGAGGGGGUGAUCUCCACACUGACCAUGAGUAACAUUGUCCCUGCUGAUUUCCAGACUAUCUACAACUGCACAGCAUGGAACAGCUUUGGCUCUGACACUGAGAUCAUACGCCUCAAAGAACAAGAGACUCUACGGGUGGCUAUCAUCAUCGGCGUGGCUGUCAGUGCCUUCCUUGCCCUCUCCAUCCUCCUGGGGACGUUAGGUGCUUUCUGCUGUACCAGAUUCCAUAGAAAGGAUGUCCACCUGGUCAUGUCAUCUCUGCCUGUGUCCCUUUCGUGCCAGAGAGACGUGAAAACAGAGAAUCUCAAAGGAGUGGUUUCAGCAAAAAAUGAUAUUCGAGUGGAGAUUGUCCACAAGGAUCACAAUGCAGCACGGGAGAGCGAGGAGCACACAAGCAUCAAACAGAUGAUGAUUGACCAUGGUGAGUUCCAGCAGGAGCCUGUGCUGAAGCAGCUAGAGGUGCUCCAGGAAGAGGAGAAAGAGUUUCAGCACAUAAAGGACCCCACUAACGGCUACUACAGUGUCAACACUUUCAAUGAGCACCAUGCCACCCCAACAAUGUCCCUGGCUCCCAGUCAGACUCCCGACAUAGUCCGAAGCCCACGCGCUGGAACUAUGACUAUUGGCAAGCAACGGGUGCCCACUGGCAUGUCCUUCACCAACAUCUACAACACCUUGGGUGCCUGUCCCAACCGCCUGUAUGACUACAGCCAGCGCUUCGUCCUGGGCAUGGGCAGCAGCUCCAUCGAACUAUGCGAACGUGAGUUUCAGCGGAGCUCACUCAGUGACUCCAGCUCCUUCAUCGACACGCAGUGUGACAGCAGCGUCAGCAGCUACAGCAAGCAGGACGGUUACAUGCAAUUCGACAAGGACAGCAAGACCUCAGCCUCAUCCUCCUCCCAUUACUCACAGUCCUCCUCCCAGAACUCAGACCUCACCAGGCCUCUUCAGAAACGCAUGCAGACCCACGUCUAA